AUGAGUCCGCCCGGCCAGACAGCGGCGGAAUCUGGGAAGCCGGCAAAGCCCCUCGUGCAGCCAUGGGAGUACAGCCUGCGGAAGUACCUCCUGCUGCUGGCCACCCUGGUGGUCACCGUCACGUACUCGGCCGGCUUCAACGCCCCGGGAGGCGUCUGGCAGGCGGCCCACGACGGCCAGCCCGCCGGCGACCCCAUCAUCCGCUACACCCACUACCACCGCUACCUCGCCUUCUUCUACUGCAACGCCACCGCCUUCACCGCAUCGCUCGUGGUCAUCGUCCUCAUCCUCAUCCUCGCCAUCCGGCACGACAAGGACGAGAAGGAUACCCUCUGGGUCGUCGUGCCCCUGCGGAUCUUCAUGAUGCUGGACCUCCUCAGCCUCGUGGGCGCGUACGGCGCCGGCACCUGCCAGGACAAGAUUUCCACCGUCUACUCUGUGGCGCUGGUGGCCAUAGUCUUCCUCUACGUCGCCAUUCUCAAGUUGCUGGAUCUGAACUGGUGGUGUGCGGUCAACCGACCCCCCUUGGGCUCCAGCGCUGUGAAGGAGCCGAAACUCGAAGAACGGCUCCGCAAGGUCCUGAUGCUCCUCGCGACCUUCGCGGUGAGCAUCACGUACGUCGCCGGGCUGAACACGCCGGGUGGCUUCUGGGACAGCACCGGGGACGGCCACCGCCCGGGCGACGCGAUCCUCAAGGACCACCACAAAAUGCGCCUGACGGUGUUCUUACUCUGCAACACCACGGCGUUCGUGUCGUCCCUCCUCAUCACCAUGCUGCUCAUCAUUGACAGCAAGAAGCUCCGUGCUUGGUCUAUCGUCCUCUACGCGUGCAUCAUCGUCGCGCUUCUCGGCCUCGUAGGCGCAUACGCCGCUGGCAGCUGCAGGAAAGCUGGCACCACCGCCAAAGUGGUCAGCCUGGCCGGCGCCGCUCUGGCAUUGGCAUACUUGCUACUUUACACUUUGCCGUUUAAAUGCUCGUCUUUUUGUUCCAGUACGGCAAAAUCAACUGAUGCAACUCAGCACAUUCUGUGCAAUGAAUGCAGUGCUGGGGAGGCUCUGGACAAGGCUCGCUCUCUUGUUCUACUCCUCGCCACUCUUGCGGCCACCAUCACCUACACAGCAGGGUUGGACCCGCCGGGUGGCGUUUGGCAAGAGAACGGCAACGGGCACAUGGCCAGCGACCCGAUUCUCCUCACGACAAACGCUAGGAGGUACAAGGCCUUCUUCUACUGCAACUCAGUUGCGUUCGUGGUCUCCUUGGUGGCCAUCGUACUGGUCCAGACAGAGAAGCUGGUUGAGCACCACGUGCUGGAGGCAGCCAUGAUACUCGACCUGUUUGGCCUCAUUGGCGCUUAUGCUGCCGGGAGCUGCCGGGACGUGAGCACCUCCAUUUAUGCCAUGGCCUUGGCAGGUGCUGUCCUGGUCUAUGUGGUGAUCCAUGUCGUUUUCUUCACACUGGACCACAAGGACAAGGGAAACAACGACCAAGAAGAUCGGUCGCUGGAGAAGAGGCGCAAACGGUUGCUCCUCUUCGCAAUCUUGGCCGCGACCAUCACCUAUCAAGCCGGCCUCACCCCUCCUGGCGGCUUCUUGCUCCAGGACGACGAGCUCGGGCACCACGCUGGCGACCCGGUCCUCUUGUACAACUACCCAGCCCGCUACAACGCCUUCUUCUACUGCAAUUCGGUGAGCUUCAUGCUGUCCAUCGCCCUCAUCAUCCUCCUGGUGAACCCCAAUCUGUACAGGCCAGCCAUACGAAGCAAUGCGCUAUCUGUUUGUACGGCGGUGGGUUUGUUUUGUUUGAUGGGAGCCUACGCCGCCGGAAGCACACAACACCUCAAGACAUCCAUCUACAUCUUCGUGUUGGUGGCUGUGGUUCUCGUCGUUGCAGUCGUACUGCUGCUAGUAUUUUUGCUGCUGAAUAGAAAUGACAGUGAUUCAGAAAAAGGGCAACUCACCGAUCAGAACAAAGAAGAAAGGAAGCAUGUAGAAGAAAAUAAUGGAGAUAAAGAAGAAAGGAAGGGGGAGAUAGAAGAAAAUAAUGAGGAUAAAGAAGAAAGGAAGAAGGAGGUAGAAGAAAAGAAGAAGGAAAGGAAGAAGCACGCGAGGCGCAAAUACCUGAUGCUACUAGGCAUCCUGGUGGCGAGUGUAGCCUACCAGGCUGGUCUGAAACCGCCGGGCGGAGCGUGGCAAAGCAACAAUGACGGGUACGAGGCGGGCAACCCGGUGAUGCAUGACAACAGGAGGCCCCGGUACCUUGCCUUCUUCUAUAGCAACUCCAUUUCCUUUAUGUCUUCUAUCGUUGUCAUCAUCAUGUUGCUACCGCAAUGGCUGCCAAAGGAGAAAGGAGAAUGGGAGAAAUGGUCGCUGAGGGUGAUGAACUGGACGAUCCGGCUUGAUUUGUUUGCUCUCCUAGUGGCCUAUGCAGCUGGCUCAAGCAGGGGGUGGAAAACGUCUGUUUAUGUCGGCACGCUCAUCAUUGCUGUGCUGGGCUACUUUGCAAUCCAUAUGAUGCUGUCAUAUAUUGUUCGCGGCCGUGAGAAGACCCCAGGCACGUCUGCAGCGUAGCUCUACUAUGUGAGGGCAAUUGCUCAUCUUAGCUGUGAUCUAUCUAUUUCUUCCUGCCUCUAGAUCUCUAAUCAGCUUACCCUGCUCUAGCUAGCUCUGCUUCCCUCUUUUUAGAUUCCCACUCUAGUUGAUGUAAUCGGAUGAUUAACCUGCAUCCAGUUGGAGCAUGCUUACAUUGUUUGUCGACUUCCUGACCCUAUCUGCAUUCUCUGUCUCAUAAGAAGUUGAAUGGACGCGCAUGAAUUGCAACAACAUUUGUAUUCCGGAAACUGAAG